AUGCCUGAUUAUCCCGGUCUUAGGCAUUUCAAGAAGGGAAUAUCUAUGGUAAAGCAGUGGACGGGGACAGAACACAAAGAGAUGCAGCGUGUGUUUGUUGGGCUACUUGCUGGCGCUGUGCCUAGCCAAGUGUUAGUAGUUGCGCGAGCACUUCUAGAUUUUUCGUACUAUGCUCAGCUUCAAGUUCACUCAACUGAAUCCCUCAAUGGCCUGGAACGCGCUCUGGCGAUAUUUCACGCCAACAAGGACGUCUUGCAGCAACUCGAUAUUCGCGACCAUUUUAAUAUUCCCAAAUUACAUCAGCUCUCUCACUACGUUCAGUCUAUCCUAUUGUUUGGUGCUACAGACAGCUUUAACAGCGAACUUCCAGAACGUUUGCACAUCGACUUUGCCAAAGAAGUGUAUCGCGCCAGUAACAAGCGGGACUAUGAAGAACAGAUGGCCUUAUGGCUCCAGCGCCAGGAGGCAGUCUUCCUGCAUGGUUCCUACCUCAACUGGCUGUUGGAACAGUCUCAGUCGGCACCAACCAAUUUCACUCGUGACCGUGGAUAUGACUCGGACUCGGACUCAGAGAUGGAAGGGCCGGACACUGUCCCUGUCAAUACACUUCCCAUCCUCCCUGAGCAACGAACGGUCCACUCUCUCGCUAAGACGCCUGCAUACCCUCAGCGUUCAGUUCAGCACCUCGUCACUGCACAUGGUGCGUCCAUGUUCCUCCCAGCCCUUAAGUUGUUUCUGCGCAACCACAUGCCGCACGCUAUCAUUACCCCUGGUCUGCAAGACCGUUUCGACGUAUUUCGACAGGUAGUAAUCACUGCUCCACCUAAUCCACUCAUCAGUGAAUCACCGAGGCAGUGGCGUGUUAGAGCCACGCCUGAAGUGCUUCCUGGACGUGGACGCAAGCCUGGAUCUCCCGCUAAGUUUGAUAUGGCCCUGACAAGCAAUGGCAUUCAGCCGCGCACUUUAGAAGGUAUGCGAGUGGGACAGGUUCGCGUUAUUUUCACUCUGCCGCGUCAAUUUGGGACCUACUCGCGAGCCUUAGCUUACAUUGAGUGGUUCACACCACUCAGGGAGCCGGACCGCUCAUCUGGCCUGCACCAAUUGUCGUGUUUCGACUCGUCGGCUGCACCGGAAUGCAGCGGUGAUACACGUUGAUGAAAUCGCUCGUCCUUGCCAUCUUAUUCCGAGGAUGGGACAAGCUGUUGACCGUGGAUGGACUAGCGCAAAUGUCUAUGAGUCCGCAAGUGAUUUUUACUUAAAUAGCUUUAUUGACCUUGAUACAUUCUGCAUGUCCGCUAUUGAUUAAUUUUGUUGCUACUCAGCUACUAUUGACUACAGACUUCAAUUUGACUAUUGUGCCUCCAAGUGUCCGCUGUAGUCUGCUGUACUCUGCUGUAGCCCGCUGUAGAUCUAUAUAGUCUGAGUCACGGCUACAUUAGGUACAUAGAACUAUGGUAGCUAUGUAGUGCUACAUAGCUCUCACCAGGGCUCCCACAAAAUUUGUUUUUUCCUGA